AUGAUUCGGCAAUAUUUUUGUUUCCAAUCGGUUCGAUCAGCGUCUACAUUGUUGUCAUCUUUAGACGGACUUUCAAAUCGCACAAGUGGAGAUAAGCUACUAACGUAUGGGGAAAAGUUCUCGAAGUUGUAUGGGAGUUCAGCACCUGAAACUCGCAAGUCGAUAUUCGUUGAUCUCGUUACUAAUUAUGGAGUCAAUAAGGAAGCUUUGAACCAUGCCAUCUCUUUAUACUCGAAGAACGAUCAAAUGUAUCCAGAAGUAAGAACUGCAGCUACAGCUAUAUAUGUCAAUCUGAUAAAGUCUGUUGGAAAUUUGCCAGGAGGAGUUUCUCAAGUUUGUGAAAUGAGAGCGAACAUUUUGGCUCUCCUGAAACGGGAAACGGAUAAAACUAUUACAUCGUAUCUUCGACACGUCGAGAUUGCAACACGAGAAGUUCUCACUUCUUGGUUUUGUCUCGGAAAUCUUAAAUUAGAAAGAUUAACGUGGUCUUCUCCUGGCGAUGUUCUUCAAAAAGUCGCAGAAUAUGAAGCCGUUCAUCCAGUCAGAGGACUCUCCGAUUUUAGAAAACGUCUUGGCCCGUUAAGAAGAUGUUUUUAUUUCUCUCACGAAGCCCUUCCUCGUAACCCACUAGUUAUGGUUCAUGUAGCAUUAGUAAGUGAAAUUGCGGACAGUGUUCAAGAAAUUACAAAAAGAGGAGAACCAAUCGGAAGAGAAGAAGAUCAAACAACGGCAAUUUACUAUUCAAUCACAUCCACCCAACCCGGCCUCUCCGGAAUUGAUCUGGGUAACAUGUUAAUCAAAAAAGUGGCAACACAACUUCAAAAAGAUGUUCCCUCUAUUAAAACUCAUUCAACGCUCUCACCAAUACCUGGAUUUCGACCUUGGUUGAUAAGAAAUCUGAAAGGAAAUGCUGAGUAUCCAUCUGUAAUGAAUGAAAAGGUGGUCAAAUGGAUGUCGGAAGUUUCCAAUGAGAUGAUGAACGAAUCUGAAGCGACUGAAACCCUAUUGAAAGUGAUAAGCAACGAAAAAACAAAAAAGGAGCAACUCAGUGCAAUUCAACAUAUUCUGAUGUAUGCUUGUGCUCAUUAUUUAUGCAGAGCCAAACGUAAUGGAAUGGCUUUGAAUUCAGUUGCUAAUUUUCAUAUUCGAAAUGGUGCUGAGUUAUACCGAUUGAAUUGGAAUGGAGAUACAAGUCAUCGUGGAAUAAACAAUAGUUUUGGAAUUAUGGUGAACUACAGAUAUGAUUUGGAGAAGGUUCACGAGAAUUGUGCCGCCUAUACCGAGCGAAAGGAGAUGGCUAUUAAUGAGAAUGUGAUGAAUUUUUUUAAAGACGACGAUAAUUGA